UCUCACAUGUGAUGUGAAUCGCCAAGAGCCCUGGAUGCGCUAAGUCUUUAUCGGGGCUCCAGAACACCGACAACUUUACGUCGUAGUUCGCCGCAACACACACCCUUGAAUACAGCACCCUUCGAGAACAUAUCAACAUGUGGAUCGUCAACUGGUUCUUCGACCUUCUGGCCUCGCUCGGCCUCGCCAACAAGCACGCAAAGCUCCUUUUUCUCGGCCUUGACAAUGCCGGAAAGACAACGCUUCUGCACAUGCUCAAGAACGACCGCGUAGCAGUUCUGCAACCCACUCUUCACCCCACCUCCGAGGAGCUGUCCAUCGGCAACGUCAAGUUCACAACCUUCGAUCUCGGAGGUCACGCACAAGCUCGCCGCUUAUGGCGCGACUACUUCCCGGAGGUCAGCGGCAUCGUGUUCCUUGUCGAUGCCAAGGACCACGAGCGUCUUGCCGAGUCCAAGGCUGAGCUGGAUGCGCUGCUGGCUAUGGAGCCGUUGGCCAACACUCCCUUCCUGGUCCUUGGAAACAAGAUUGACCACCCCGAGGCCAUUUCUGAGGACCAGCUGAGGGCUGAGCUUGGGCUGUACCAGACAACAGGCAAGGGCAAGGUGCCGCUUGAGGGCAUCAGGCCGAUUGAGGUGUUCAUGUGCAGUGUGGUUAUGAGGCAGGGUUACGGAGAGGGUAUCAGGUGGCUCAGCCAGUACGUCUAGGACUCCUGCGAAUACGGCGAUAAGCUAUACGAGCAUGUUCCGUGACAGGCGGACGCCACACAGUCAGCGACAAUACCAAGGAAGACUGUAGCCUGCAGGUUUGAAGAUAAGGACAAGAAUAUGCGGAUGUGCACGAACAUAGUCACGAACAAGAUGGUUAGAGCUAGCAAAUGAUCUGAUUAUACACCUACA